CACUUUUGCACGCUUCCGGCUCUGCCGAAUGAUGAGACACUGUGAAGGAGAUUGAAAAGAUGACCACCGAUGCCAGCGAGGCCACUACCGGUAACGUCGAUUCGCAUGCCGAGGCCUCCGCAUCUGAGGUAUCUGUUCCAACUCGUCGAAGUCGCAUAUCGCUUGCGUGCCAGAGUUGCAGAUCUCGAAAGACUAAGUCGGGCUCAACUGGCACACAAAGUCAGAGAAUUGGAGCAUGAACUACAUGCGGCAAAAGAAUUUGUAGCCGAGUCUCGCCCCGUUGAUAUCUCGCCUACUGUUAUCCACGAUUCCCGUUGCGAUCA